UUUCUUUUCAUUUGAUUUUCUUUGAAUAGAUUAUAUCUCCGAUUACGAUUUAAUGGAAAUUUCUUCGAUUUCGUUUCCCUGUUCAGACGACGCUUCCUGGCCGAAUCUGUUGAGCUUCUUCCAGGAUUUCGACUUUGCUCCCCAGCCGGCGGUUAAGAAGCAGAGAAUGGAUAAUGAUUCUUACUAUGAUCAUUCCGAUUCGUCGGUGGAGGAGAUUCUGAACAAGUUUCUUCCGGCGGAUAGGGAGCCGCCGAGGACGGCGGCGGUGACGGCGGCGGAGGUGGAGGAGAUGAAGGGGAAUGGGAAGCGCGGUCGUGCGGAGUCUGUGGAUGUUGUUAGCACGUCGGAUGCCGGUGGGGGAGGGGGGCAGCAUCAGCGGCGGUUGUGGGUGAAGAACCGGUCGAAUGCGUGGUGGGAGCAGUGUAACGGCCCGGAUUUUCCGGAGGAGGAGUUUAAGAAGGCGUUUAGGAUGAGCAAAGCGACGUUCGAUAUGAUCUGCGAGGAGUUGGAGUCGGUGGUGACGAAGAAGGACACGAUGCUGCGGCAGGCGAUUCCGGUGCGGCAGAGGGUGGCCGUCUGCAUUUGGCGCCUCGCCACCGGGGAGCCGCUCCGGGAAGUGUCGAAGCGGUUCGGGCUGGGGAUCUCCACGUGUCACAAGCUCGUCCUCGAGGUCUCCACCGCCAUCCGAGGAGUCCUCAUGCCCAAAUUCCUCCAAUGGCCGGACGACUCCAAAAUCAACCAAACCAAACGCGACUUCCAAAUCCUCGCCGGAAUCCCCAACGUCGCCGGCGCAAUGUACACCACCCACAUCCCGAUAAUCGCGCCGAAAGCCUCGGUCGCCGCCUACUUCAACAAACGCCACACGGAGCGAAACCAGAAGACAUCCUACUCCGUCACGCUCCAAGGAGUCGUAGACUCCAAAGGAGUAUUCUCCGACGUCUGCAUCGGCUGGCCGGGAUCCAUGUCCGACGACAAGGUUCUAGAAAAAUCGGCGCUCUACCAGCGCGCAAGCCGCGGCCUGCUGAAAGACAUCUGGGUGGCCGGAAAUUCAGGGUAUCCGUUAACGGACUGGACUCUGGUGCCGUACACGCACCAAAAUCUGACCUGGACACAGCACGCCUUCAACGAGAAAGUCGGCGAGGUGGAGAAGGUGGCGAAGGAGGCGUUUAUGCGGCUGAAGGCGCGGUGGAGCUGCCUCCAGAAGAGGACGGAGGUGAAGCUGCAGGACCUGCCGGUGGUGCUGGGCGCCUGCUGCGUUUUGCAUAACAUUUGCGAAAUGCAAGGGGAAGAAUUGGACCCGGCGUUAAGGUUCGAUCUCUUCGACGACGAAAUGUCGCCGGAAAAUCCAGUCCGGUCGGCCACCGCAAUGCAGGCUAGAGAUCAAAUUGCCCACAAGCUCUUGCACCAACAUCACGCCGGCACCAAGUUUCUAUAGAAUCAACUUAAAAAAAAUAGUUAUGUUAGAAUUUACAAUACAAUUUUGUGUUUUCUAUAUAAAGGGCAAUACUGUAAUUUACCUAUGUGCAUUGGCAACUUGGCAAGUCAUGUUACAGAAUUAAUAAUAGUUAAUACAGGUUUAUUUCUCA